AUGGGUCUCACUUCAUGUGAAGCGAAAGAAUGCCGUUUGCUCUUGACCGGGACUAGAGUAGGACCGCAGCAGACUAAGAGCCUGAAUCGCUUGAUGCAUGGUUGUAAAGCUCUUCGUGUUGCAGUCCUUCGAAAGCACCAAGAACUUGAAAAAGUGUGGCCCCUGGCAUUGGAAUGUUUAUGUUCACUAAGCACCCGACUGCAAGUUAAACCUUCGAGGAGACAACGUUUUAGCUACAGCAGCCACAGUGUAGAUGGUAUUUUUCCUGGGAUUUGCCCGAAAUUGUUGUUGAAAAUGUCUGACAAAACAUCUAAAACAUUGCAGCGGAUGCUUUGUAGGGCUCCGGGUCCAAAAGUGCCUUAA